AUGACCACUAUCUGGGAUCUCUGGAGCGAAGCCAGAAACCCUCCUGCGGAGCCUACGGGUCUCUCCUUCCAGGAUAAAGCAGUUCUAGUAACUGGAGCCAACUCAGGUCUUGGCUACGCUUCGGCGGUCAAGUAUGCGGUCCUGGGUGCCUCCCCUCUCAUUCUAGCCGUCCGAUCACAGGAGAAGGGCGACGCCGCGAGGGCUUCGAUCAUCCACGAAACGGGGCAUACGGGCGAGAUAAUCAUUCUUAUCCUCGAGCUAUCUAGUUUUGAAUCGGUCAAUACUUUUGUCAACGAAUUGAAUGAGAGGGUCGCAAAACUCGAUGUCGCGCUGCUCUGUGCAGGCAUCGUAGUACCGGAUUAUCGGACGGGUUCAGAUGGGUAUGAAAUGACGACACAAGUUAAUGUUCUCUCGAAUACGCUCCUGGCAUUGCGCAUCCUUCCGAAGUUACGUGCUGCUGCGUCUUCUGAAGGCGACUGCCUCCCGCAUCUUUGUUUCAUGAAUAGCUUGGCUUCGCAUGCGGUUGAUCCGGAGUGGCUACCCUCUGCUGGCCAAACGCUAUUAAUAGGGACAUUGAAUGACCCUUCAAAAUUUGAUCUUACAAGACAUUAUUACUUGACAAAACUAGCUGCCUGGUUUGCGAUUUCACGAAUCGCGCGAGUUGUCGAACACUCUGAGGCCAACCGCGACGAACACAAAGUGAUUAUCAACGCGUGUUGUCCUGGAAUGUGUCGCACCAAUAUGCAACGUGACCUCCCAUGGUAUAUGAGGCUCUCCCAGCAGGCUUUUCUCUUACCUCUGAGUCGAAGCGUGGAGGAGGGAAGUCGGUCUCUCGUGAGCGCUACGGGGCUGGGUCCAGAGAGUAUGGGAAAGCUCUGGCGAAAGAGCGCGGGGAGAUUUUGGCGGGAAGAUGGCUAUCUAGAGCCCAGCGAUUUCUUGAAAAGUGAACGAGGCCAGGAGCUAGCAGACGAUACAUGGAAUGAGAUUCUUGCAAUCCUGCAGCCGUACCUAGAUCAAGGAGAUUUUGAGUUUUAA